AUGUUGAUGAAUGCAGCAUUGAACGUUACGCGCCGAGUUAUCUUCCAGAACUACAGAAUGGCUUCCUUCCUUGUCAACGACAGCAAGUACGCAUUCCUGAAGGAGCUUGGGCUUUCGGAGAACAACUGCGGUGUGUUCCACGGCAGAUGGUCUGCCUCUGGUCCUGUCGUACAGUCCGUUUGUCCUGCCAACAAUCAGCCGAUAGCCAACGUUCAAAAUGGCACUGUAGAGGACUUUCGAAUAUCGGCUCAAGAAGUCAGCAUAAGCUAUGAUGCUUUUCAGCAAUGGUGUGAGGUACCGGCACCACGACGUGGUGAGAUCGUACGACAAAUCGGCGACAGACUCCGUUCUCAACUUCAAAACUUGGGUAAACUGGUUUCCAUGGAAAUGGGAAAAAUCUCAGCUGAAGGCGUAGGGGAAGUCCAGGAAUAUGUUGACAUCUGCGAUUAUGCUACUGGCUUAUCGCGAUCGCUUAACGGACAAAUUCUACCAUCAGAGAGACCAGGACAUGCUCUUCUGGAACAGUGGAAUCCUCUUGGUGUUGUUGGCGUGAUUUCUGCUUUCAACUUCCCAUGUGCCGUGUACGGUUGGAACAAUGCGCUGGCUCUUGUCACUGGAAAUUCCGUCAUUUGGAAGCCUGCUCCGUCAACUCCGCUGACCGCCAUUGCUGUCACAAAGCUUGUCGAAGGAGUUUUGCGUGCAAACAACCUUCCCGGCGGAUUGUGCUCAUUAGUCUGCGGAGAGGGAGACGUUGGUCAGGCCUUAGUCAAGGACAAGCGCGUAAACCUGGUAUCCUUCACUGGAUCAACAGAAGUAGGACGUAUUGUUGGCCAGCAGGUGCAGCAGCGCUUCGGAAAGCUUUUGCUCGAACUUGGAGGCAAUAAUGCAAUCAUUGUGAAUGACGACGCUGACAUUAACAUGGUCGUGCCAGCCACGGUAUUUGCUGCUGUUGGUACCGCUGGACAGAGGUGA